CAGAAGCCAUGAAAGAGGAGCUCAUUGAUCGUGUUCGGUCUGACUUCGUGCUCGACUGGGAACGGGAAAACCACCGAUUGACGGUGACAAAGGCACUUCGUAAGCGCUUCAACUCCUUCCAUCACGAUUUGCACAAGAUUUACCAAUCAUUUGAAAGCCAUGAAGAGGCGUUAGCUAGUGGGACAAGCUUGGUGGACCCUCUUGUAUGGGUCAAGUUGUGUGGAAGGUGGGGCAGUGAUGCAUUUAAGAAAAUUUCAUCUCAAAACCGGGAGAACAGGAAGAAGCAGGCAAUUAAUCACACAUCAGGACGUAAAUCAUUCGUCCGAAUCCUUGAGCAAAAGCGCGCUGAGAAUGGAAAUUUGGUUGACUUCUAUAAAGAGACGCGCUGGUCGAAGAAGAAGAACAAGUUUGUGACAGAUGCUACAGAAGAAACAUACAAGGAGAUGACAGGUAGGUUGGAUGGCCUAGAACCAGAGCAACGUAAUGAUGAGGCAGCAGAGACUGUCUUCAGGGAGGUCCUUGGCCAUCGACCUGGAUAUGCGCGAGGACUCGGGGAGAUGGUCAUUCCCGAGUCAAGUAGACAACGUGACCAACUUAAGAUGCAAUGCUACCUGUCUGAGAUUGAAAGACACAAGAAAGACUCUGAACAACAUAAGAAAGAUGCUGAAGCGUAUAAGAGUCAGCUGGAUGAAAUGAGAUCAGAGAUGCGGGCUCUUAGGGCGCAUCAGAUGCAGACUGAUAGAUUGCUUCAGGAGUUCUUUAAGGAUCAUCCUUCAUUCACUGAGUCGUAUCGACAGACUCAGUGUAACGAUUCCCCCGACCCAUAAGGGGGGUGACAUGCUCCUUGGUUUUUUGUACUGGAUUGGGUGGUUUUUUGUUAGACAAUAUCACAACUGGGCAAUACA